UUUGGCUUGUCAAAUGGCAUGACUUUUGUCAAAUUAAUUUAAAAGGUAUUCUAAAUUGUGCAUGUCAUUCGUGAGUUAUUCUCAAUACAUUUCUUAUUCACAAUAAAGUGUCGAUUAUAACAAACAUAUUUUAACUCUGUUGUAACUAAAAUGUUGAGCGUUAGUGAAAAUUUCCCAGAGUAUGCCGUACCAGGUGCAAAACAGGUUCGUUUUGAGCCAUACGCUGACAAUGGAGGAAGCAUAGUAGCGAUCGCCGGCGACGAUUACGCCGUCAUCGGAGCCGAUACUCGUCUCAGCACAGGCUUCUCCAUCUACACAAGAGAACAAAAGAAGUUGUUCAAGUUGUCAGAAGGCACAGUACUAGGAGCGACCGGAUGCUGGUGUGACACUCUUACCCUCACCCGUCUGCUUCAAGCCCGCAUGCAAAUGUACGAACAUGAACAUAACAAAUCAAUGUCAACUCCUGCAGUCGCACAAAUGCUCUCAACCAUGUUGUAUUAUAAACGUUUUUUCCCAUAUUACGUGUCUAAUAUACUGGCAGGAUUGGAUGCGGAGGGUAAGGGAUGCGUUUACAGUUACGACCCUAUUGGCCACUGUGAGCGCUCCAACUACCGGGCUGGAGGCUCUGCCGGUGCUCAGCUGCAGCCACUGCUGGAUAAUCAGAUAGGUCUGAAGAAUAUGCAGAAUGUUACAGUGGCCCCAAUACCUAGAGAGAAGGCACUAGCCUUGCUGAAGGAUGUAUUCAUCAGUGCUGCUGAACGUGACAUUUAUACUGGCGACAGCAUUUACAUAUUGAUUAUCACAGCAAAUGGCAUUCAAGAAGAGAAGUUUGAGCUUCGUAAAGAUUAGUGUAAUCCAUUACUAAUAAAUUUCUUAUUAU